UACCAAUUAAAGUGCUCCAUUUACAUCCGCCAAAUUUUCAAAACACCAUUUCUUUUUCAUUUACCUUUUGCUCUACCCGUGUGCUUGUUAAUCAUGAUGGACCAAGAGGAAUACAAAAUGUACUUUUUAGAAAACAGGCUGAAAACAUUCAUGGGUUGGCCAUUCGAAGAAGGUUGCGCUUGCACCCCAGAAAAGAUGGCCGAAGCCGGAUUCCUCCACACUCCUUCAGACAACUGCCCCGACGUCGCCAAAUGUUUCUUCUGUCUGAAGGAGUUGGAGGGCUGGGAACCAGAGGAUGACCCUGCAGCUGAGCACAAAUCCCAUUCCUCAAAAUGUCCCUUCAUCAACCUUAAGAAGGAGGUGGAGGCACUGUCCGUUGAGGAGUUCCUCAAACUGGAAAAAGAGAGGGAUAAAUAUAUCAAUAACAAAGUCACUGGUGAAGCCGUCAGCAAAUUUGAAGAGGGGGCCAAACUGAUUAGAGCUGCAAUGAAGUCGGCCAGCGGUGACAAAUAGCAGGAGGGGAAGGACAAACCAAUGGAUGGGGGCGGGGGGGGUACUCUUCUUGAGUAGAGCUUUUUACCUGUUUUAUCUGUUAUAUUUUAUUUCGUGGUUUCAGUGCAAUCUUCUUGUGUUUUUUUGUUUUUACUAUUAAACCCUUCCAUUGUGUAUGCUUCA